AUGACAAGGCGACGUAGGCAGGCAGGCAAGAGAGAGCAAAGAGCUGACAAUGUAGCCGACUGGGGAGACGGAACCAAAGUGAGUGCGAGCGAGAGACGGUCGGAACAAGCAGCGACUGACCCAGAGAGGCUGAUCGGUUUGUUAAACAAAUUGAGCGAUUUAAGGUUGUCGAAAGAGAAACUAAAGCGAAAGCCUAUUAAAAAAGGACUUGGGGCGGCUCAAAAACUAGACCCCACGACGAGGGAGCGAGAAGACCUGAACAGUUGGUUAAUUUCAGCUAUUGACUCGAUGCAAAUUCAAAUUGAUUCCUUCGAGUGCGAAAUCGAGUCCAUUUUAGCUGCAGGGAAAAAGCGCUUGGAUAAAGAUAAGCAAGACCGACUCGACGAAUUAAAAACCUUCCUCGAACGACACAGGUUUCAUAUAACAAAAUUGGAAACUCUGAUGAGAAUGCUUGACAAUCUAGCAGAGGAUGUAAAUGCGCUUAGAACAUUUUUAAGUCAAGUCAAAAACAUCAAAGAUGACAUCGAGUACUUAGAGUCCAGUCAAGAAGCUGGAUUUGAAGGGAAUGAAUUUAUUUAUGAUGAUAUUGACGGUCUCGAUGGUUUUGACGAUUUCUCGUCGGCAAACCAGUCGGCGGUGGUACGGGAGAAGAAGGAGCAGAGGAAGAGUUGCCAAUAUCAAUUACAACAACUUCUGGGAACAACUCACCAAUUUCCCCCGUUCAUUCCAGUGAUGCUUCAGAUCCUGAAAAGAGGAGAAAAUCUUCAGACGACGUCUCCGUCAAAGUCGUCAGGCCUGUUGAGGUGA